AUGUUUCCAAAUUUAAUAAAAUUUGUCAAAACAAAUUAUUUAACAACAAAUAUUCGUUUUUGGCACGAUCGUUCACAAGUUCCACGAAUUGCUGAUGACAGACGUAAAAGAUCAACAAAAUUGGCUGAUACGGGCUAUUUCUAUCGUUAUCACCGUCCAGGUGUUGAUCCUCUUCCAAGAAUUCCAAAUUUGAAGGAGCCUUUAUUCAAGCCAAAAGACAAGGUUAAAGACCAAUGGAAGGAAAGUAGUGCUAGAUUUGGAGAAAAUGAUUAUAUUGACAUUCUUGGAGAUGGUUCUCUACAUCCUUCACAACUUCUCUAUCACGUUCCGAGAUGGUUAAGAGGAUUUCCUGGCAAUCAUAGAGCAAAUGAAUUAAUUAGGAAAAUUCAUUAUAGAAAUGUUUACGGCCCAAAAAUCCAACAAACUUCUCCCCAUUCAUUCCAUCAAUUAAACAAAAGAAUUAAUUAUUUACUUCAAUACCACAAUUAUCACAAACAAGACGAAUUAAGUAAUGAAAGGGAAUUGGGAUUGUGGAAGAGGGAGCCAGAUUAUUUCUUUAAAGACAAACAGAGAAGGUCCUACAAGGAUAUGGUUUGA